UGGGACGGGUUCCACAGGAGGCUUUAAAAGAGCAGGGAGCGUGCCAGCCUGCACUCUCUCUCACAGCAGGAAGUGCCCACGGGACCGCAGCGAGAAAAAAAUGACUCACCACUGUACCAAAUUCUCUGGCCACUGGAAGAUCAUCGUUUGGGAUGAGGAAUGUUUCCAGGGCCGCAGACAUGAGUUCACCUCGGCUCCAGGGCAUCCAUCGUGGGCGCCCUGGGUGGGCUAUGAGCACUCAGCCUACCAGGGCCAGCAGUUUGUCCUGGAGAGGGGGGAGUACCCACGCUGGGACGCCUGGAGUGGCAGCAAUGCCUACCACAUCGAGAGGAUGACUUCCUUCAGACCCAUUGCCUGCGCGAAUCAUCGCGAGAGCAGGAUGAGUAUCUACGAGCGCGAGAACUUCCUGGGCAGGAAGGGGGAGCUGAGUGAUGACUACCCCUCCCUGCAGGCCAUGGGCUGGUGCAACAAUGAGGUGGGAUCCUUCCGCGUGCAGAGCGGAGCCUGGGUGUGCUACCAGUACCCUGGUUACCGUGGAUUCCAGUACAUCGUGGAGUGCGACCGCCACUCAGGAGAGUACAAGCACUGGCGAGAGUGGGGAUCCCACGCACAGACUUUCCAGGUGCAGUCCAUUCGCCGCAUCCAGCAGUGACCUCCCUUCAGAUCCACUGUGUAAAUAAACACAACUAAUAAAGGGUAUUUGUAUGAA